CCAGGUGAGUGCGGAGCUCGCCGCCGCUGCCCGGUCCCCUCGCUGCGCCCCGCCCCGCCCUCCCGCGGGCUCCCUUCCCCCCCCCCCCCUUCCUGGAGCCGGCAGCGCCGAGUCCCGGGUCCUCCCCCGCUGGGCGCCGCUCCCCGCCGGAGCGGAGCGCGAGGAUGGCGGAGAACGGGGCGGGCGAGCCCCGGCAGCCCCGCUACCGCCGGGUGCGGCUGAUGUGCAUGCUGGCGCUCACCUUCCUCUUCUUCGUGGUGGAGGUGGUGGUGAGCCGGGUCACCGCCUCGCUGGCCAUGCUCUCGGACUCCUUCCACAUGCUGUCCGACGUCAUGGCCCUGGUGGUGGCCCUGGUGGCCGUGCGCUUCGCCCAGCGCACCCGCGCCACCCACAAGAACACCUUCGGCUGGGUGCGGGCCGAGGUGAUGGGCGCCUUGGUCAACGCCGUCUUCCUCACCGCCCUCUGCUUCACCAUCCUGCUGGAGGCCAUCGAGCGCUUCACCGAGCCCCACGAGAUCCAGCAGCCGCUCGUGGUGAUUGGGGUGGGGGCCGCCGGGCUGCUCGUCAACCUGCUGGGGCUCUGCCUCUUCCACCAGCACGGAGGUGGUGGCGGGCACGGGCACGGGCACGGGCACUCGCAUGGGGGGGGCCAGCACCACCGCAGCGGCAGCCGCACCAAAUUGGAGCCGCCUUCCGGGGAAGGGGAUGCUGGGCUGCGCAAGGAGGAGACCAACACGCUGGUGGAGAAUUGCAGCAGCACCAAUGGAGUCAACCGGGAGAAGCUAGGUGAUGGCAAGGCGGAACUACAAGCGAAUGGGAGUAUUGGCCCUAACUCUCUGGACAUUGAGGUCGAAGAAGAUUCCAGUGGACAGCUUAACAUGCGUGGAGUUUUUCUGCAUGUGCUUGGAGAUGCCUUGGGUUCAGUGAUUGUGGUGGUGAAUGCCUCAGUCUUUUACUUUUCUUGGAAUCCAUGCCCCAAAGAUGGGUCCUGUUUUAAUCCAUGUGUUGAUAGCCAUUGCAUAGAAAAUGCUACUGUAGCCCCACUGCUUGACAGUGCUGAUCUGCUCACACAAGAGGGUAUUCAUGUAGCUGGUCCCUGCUGGGUGCUGUACUUAGAUCCCUCUCUUUGUCUGAUAAUGGUUUGUAUACUCCUUUACACAACUUAUCCAUUACUUAAGGAAUCUGCCCUUAUCCUUUUGCAAACUGUUCCCAAACAAAUUGAUAUUUAUUCUCUGAACUUGAAACUACGUAAACUUGAAGGAGUUGAAGCAGUCCAUGAACUACAUGUUUGGCAGCUGGCAGGCAGCAGGAUCAUUGGUACUGCUCACAUAAAAUGUCAUGACCCUGCAUCAUACAUGAAAGUGGCAAAGCACAUUAAAGAGAUUUUUCAUGAUGAAGGGAUCCAUGCCACUACAAUUCAGCCUGAGUUUGCCAGUGUAGGCUCUGAAUCAGGUGUUGGCAAAUGUGAGUUUCCCUGCAGAACUCAGUGUGCUCUGAAGCAGUGUUGUGGGACAGCAGAAGGCAGUACUGAAAAGAAGACCACAAAGACCUCUUCAAUUGCUAUUUCAUGCUCAGAAAUAAUCAUUGACUCUCCACACCACAAAACUAGGAGGACUAAAUCUGAAAGUAUACCUGCUGUUAGGCUAGAGGCAGACGAUGACCCAGACACGCAAUUUGAAUCAUCUUUAUAAUUCCCAAAGUUGUGCUGUUUGAGUUUUGAUGGCUUCAACUGCAGCUUUAUUGCAAGAGGAGGAGUAAUAUUUGAGAUGCAAGUUUGUCAAGCAGUGUAAUUGCUGAAGUCCCUGUUCUUGUCACGUUGCUAAAUCUAGAAUGCUUGUUUUAAAGAACAUAAUAGCAUUGUCAUGACACAAUGUGUUUGUGUUGACUUUGUAAUAAGCGGCACUGAAAGUGUGCCAAUGCUGUAAAAAAUUUGGAAAACUAGUUUCAACACUUCAGCAGAAAGACUUUUUUGUGCUUCAAAUUAAAAUAUUUUCUCCCCUGAAAAGCUGCUUGAGGGAUAAGUACAUUGGAACUCAGUUUGUGUUAGACUUCUCAUUGGGGCUACUCUUUCCCUUUAAUAUUUGAUUUGUAGAUAUUUUAAUAUAUUGUUUGUAACCCAUAUGAAAACCAAAGUUCAUAGAAUGUUUUUAUGGAAAUAACAUCAAAUUAGAAACCACUUUGUCAGUUUCACACUUUUCCUUAAACUUAAACAGUGAACUAUGUGAGUGCUUUUUUUGGUGGAUUUAUUGCAUAGCAUAAAUAGUAGCAUAUUUUAAAGGAAACAUAUCACAUGAUUGAUAGAAACCUGUCCAGUUUUUUUCCCCACUGGGGCUAUGGGGUAAUUAAAAUUGGCUGUAAAAAUAUCGGUUGUGAAAGUUAUGUUCUGUUAAAAUGUAAGUUCAACCUGCUGUAUACUCCUCUGAUCAGACUGAGAGAUGAAGUGACUGAUAAAGUAACUAAUUGUUGGCUAAUUCAUAAAAUAUGCAUUCUGUGUUCUUCCUUCUUCACAAGUUCAGUUGCACUCUUGAUUUCAUUAGAUCAUUAUGUAAAUAUAAGAAUUUGCCAGAACCUUUUAAGUUCCAGUGCUGCAACAUUGGAGUUGGAACCUUUAUUUAAAGGAGUUGGUAUUUAUCAUCGUAACUCCAACCUGCACUGUUAAAGUGGAGCAUCUGUCAACAUUGGCAUUCUAUUUCCUGGGUUUCAAGGGUUUAAAUUAUAACUGCAGUAAGUUUCAAUGCAGCAGUAAGUACUUUUUACAGUAGGUGAAAUCCUGGCCCCAUUGAAGACAAUUGACGCUUUGCCAUUAAUAUCAGUGGGGCCAGGAUUUCAUCCAAUAUAUUUUACCCUUUUUAAAGUAAUGUGUGUCAAAGAAUUUUACCUAUUGAAUUUGUAAAUAUUCAGUUUAAAAAUGUUUAACUCAACUAAAUAAUAGACUAGCUCUGAAGAAGCUGUUAGUGUGCCAUCAACUCAUACUUUCUCAAGAAUUGGGUUAUUGACUCUUUUUGAGUCAGUAGGGUAUUGGGGAGAACAAAGGCAAUGUAAAAGGGGACACUAAGGGACUUUGGUCCCAUGCUGAGAGUUGUGUUCCAGGCCAAAAUGUACCCUUAAAUCCACCUUUUGAGUUGCAUAUGUACAAUGAGAAACAAUGAUUAGUAAUUAAGCACAGGACUGAGAGUUGGAAGGACCUAGUUCUUUUCCCAGCUCUGCCACUUACAUUGUGUGACCUUGGGCUAGUCGCUUAACCUUUCUCUGCCUCAUUUUACCCAUUUUUAAAAUGCAGAUAAUGCCUACCUCAUGGGGUAUUGUGAGGCUUAAUACAUUAGUUUCUAAAGACCUUUGAGAUCUUCUGAUGGAAGGCCCUAUAGAAGUGCAAAGUUGUAAAAUUGCUUAUUUUCCGACAGUGGCUCCUUUUACAUAUGUGCUGCAAUAGCCAGGCACAACAGGAUAACUUAAGGACCGUUUUGGCCUUAUUUAUGGAUUUACUGCAUACUGUGUUUUUAAGGCCUUAAACAGUAUUUAAAUUUAAUAUAUUUUGUAUUAAAAAUGUUUUGGUUAGUGAAGGAAAUGUAGGUUCUCUCCCCCCGCCCCCGAAUAUAGAGCUCUUCACUAAUUUGCACAUCUCUAAUUAAUGUUCCCUAUAAUACUCACUCAUAAGUGGUUCACAACUGACUGGUGCCCUUCCAGAGGGGGACCAGGCCUGUUUGUGACAGUGGGCUUCCUCAGCUUCUCAGAAAAGCAUUAUAAUGAGGUUUUACAUUAAGAUUGUUUGUUUGCAAAAUAUACUACCAUAUAUUUACUAAUGUGAAAUGAAUGAAGCAUUGUCAAACUGCACCUCUGACAUGAACAAAGUGCACUUGAAAUAGAUAACCUUGCGUUUUUUUUUUUUUUUUUAACACUGUAAGCUGUUUGACUAGUAUGGUUAAUAGUUUGUAUUUGGUCUCCCAGUCACUAAUGGGAAUUGGCAAGGUCCUGCUGUAUAACUGUCACUAACAAAAUAUAAAACAGUUUAUUGCCAAAAAUAUAGUAGUACUGAAAGUCACGACUAUUUGUUUUCCUUUUGCUUUUAUAGCGAGGCUACUAGUCCUGACAUGGUUGUCCUCUUUAGGUAACAGUCACAGAUAAAUACAUUUGAAUAGGUCUAGAAAUGUAGACACUAAUUCCAUUUUAAAUUUUUAAUCUGUUUGUGCCAGAAGUCAUAUUUUUCUAGUGCUAUGUCCAUUGCAGUCAAUGGUUAUCUUUAAAUAAAAGGAAAAAACUUUUCCCCCCUCGGACUUGAGUACAGUAUAUAUUCCGUAUUAGGCCCAAGGUGGGAGUUUGUACAGCAGUGGCAGUAAGAUUUGUACAUUCAUGUUGCUGUAAUUAGCCCAAAUCGUAGCCUGAUAACUUGCAAUACAUCUCAAUCUUUUAAUCUGAUUUAUGCAGACUUGAUUUAAUUCUGAAGACCGUAAUUCCAGAAUACUGGUAGCUUUCUUGAAUUAUUGCAUAAAUUGUUUUUUAAAGCAUGAAAUUAGUGACUCUCGUAUGAGUAAGCACUUUACCAGGUGGGACAGGAAAGCAGCUAAUUGUCUGCAUUGUGCAUUCCUGGGUGUAAGGUGUGUGGUUUUUUUUUUUUUAUUAUAAAUUAAAACAUGGAACACUGAUUUUUAGGAAAAAGAAAAGUGAUACUUCAGUGUCUGUUUUUGUUUGCUUCCCAUUAAAUGUUACUUGGUAGAGUAUCUUAUAUCUGCUAAAAUGUUUCAUUCAUAAAUAUAUUUACUUUAGAGUCCACUUCCUAGAGGUGGUAGUAAACAAGUAGAAGUAGAUCAAAAUUGUGACCACUUGAGGAAAACUAUGUAGGGGCUUGAUACUACAAACAUUUAUAUUCCUGAGUAGUCCUGUUGAACUCGGAGGGAAUACGUUGUGUGAGUGAAGUUACUUGCCUGUGAAUAAGUGUUUGCAGGAUUGGACCCUAAAUAUGCAAUGUGGGGGCCUAUGGCUUUUCAAAACAAGCCUCAAAAGCUAGGUGCUGAUUUUUAGUGAUUAUUUUAAAAUCAAUAUAAAAUGAAAUGGGUGGUGGUAUAGAGUUUUUUUUUUUUUUCCCAUCAAAAUUAUGUUACAUAAGUAGUACUGGCUCUUAACUGAACUUUUAACUUUUGAUCUGACUUUUUUUUUUUUUUUUUCAAAGGCCUUGAGCACCAAUGCUCUUACUGACUUCAGUUGGAACUGGUGUUGCUUAGCACCUUUGAAAAAUAGGCAAUCAAGUAACUCAAUGGGUAGUUAAGAGGGAAACAACAUUUAUUUUUAGAAUGCACAUGCUAACCUAUUCUGCCAUAGGGAACUGUUUUUUUGUUUUGUUUUUUUUUUCUGAAUUUUUAUAUCUAGACAUUUUGAUUUUUCAUGUGAUGGGAGUGAGAAAUGCUCUAUUUAAGGGUAUUUAAAAAGCAUAUUAAAACAUUGGAUUUAUUUCAUAACACAGCAUCAGUUAUUUAGCAUUCUUAGAAUUCUGAUUUUUAUGUUGCUUACUCAAUUCUGUGAUUGAUUUUAGCCUUCUACUUUGAACCUUUUAUUUCUCUCAUGGAUGGAAAGAGGGGGUUCUUCGUGUGCCUGAAUUGAGACAGUCCUGAAAGCUUUCCUGCAGCCUUACUGAUAACAGGAGGUCUGAUUCUUCUUUAUGACCUUUAGUUUGUGAAAUUAAUUGCCUAUAUGGGAUACCUUUCAAUAUUGUAUAAAUGUGAGCCUGAUACCGAUUCCAUUCAUAUAUCUGAGUAUUCACUUAAAAAAACACAACACCUUUGGGCUAUAUUUCCCAAAGCAUGUGGGUUUAGUUAGGAUUCUUUACUCACACCAUGAGUUUAAUUUUGUAACCACUGUUGAGGGGACCUACUUGACAUGUUUGUACCUAUUGUCUAGACUUCAUCAAUGAAAAACUGGGUUUGGCUACUAUUAAAUCAACAUUA